CAAAGUCCAGAAGAAACGAAAGAAAAGAAAAGAAAGAUUGAAGAACUCGUCUUUCCUUGAGCACCCAAGAACUAAACCCACACAUAUAUACUUUACAUAUAUAGAAACACAUAAAUGGAUGUUUCUUCCAACCAAUAAUUACUUCACAGUAUCUUUUUGUAAAAUCCCAGGGAAAAAAACUCCCUUUUUUUUCUCUCCCUUCUUGUCCGGAUGUAUUCUUGGAAAUUUCUGAGAACUGAGUAAAUAGUGAGUUUGAGUAAUUUCUGAAAUUUUCUUUUUUUUCUUUCUUUCUUCCCUUUUUCGGGUCUUUGUGUGUUUUCUUUUUAAUUUUUAGUUUCCUUUUCUGGGAGAUAUACUUACCAUACCAAUAAUCAGUGUAAGGAAUUUAUUAACAUAUAUGAGCUGUGAGUGGUGAAGGGGAGAAGAAUGAAUCUGGGUGGUGGUCAAUUGGGGAAAGGGAUGUCGGGUUCUUGCUCGAACGCUUCUUGGAAGUCCGGCGACGGUGUGUCGGAUAAUUUUCCGGCGGGUCUCCGGGUUCUUGUUGUUGACGAUGAUCCCACUUGCCUCAAGAUCUUGGAGAGGAUGCUUAGGACCUGUCUCUAUGAAGUGACCAAAUGCAAUAGGGCAGAGAGUGCUCUAUCAUUGCUCCGGGAAAACAAGAACGGGUUUGACGUUGUUAUAAGUGAUGUCCACAUGCCCGAUAUGGACGGGUUCAAACUUCUUGAACACAUCGGUCUUGAGAUGGAUCUUCCAGUCAUUAUGAUGUCAGCAGACGACAGCAAGAAUGUGGUGAUGAAGGGAGUGACGCACGGUGCGUGCGAUUACCUGAUAAAGCCGGUCCGCAUGGAGGCUUUGAAGAACAUAUGGCAACACGUGGUCCGGAAGAAGAAGCACGGCUGGAAGGAGAGGGACAAUCCGGAACAAUCAGGAAGUGCCGAGGAAGGUGGGGACCGCCAGCAGCAGCAGAAACCUCAAGAGGAAGCCGAUUACUCGUCUUCGGCAAACGAAGGGAGUUGGAAAAACUCAAAGAGAAGGAAGGAUGAGGACGAAGAUGGAGAAGAAAGGGACGACACCUCUGCCAUGAAGAAGGCUCGUGUGGUUUGGACCAUGGAGCUUCAUCAGCAGUUUGUUGCAGCUGUUAAUCAGUUGGGAAUCGACAAGGCUGUUCCUAAAAAGAUUUUGGAAUUGAUGAAUGUUCCCGGGCUUACAAGAGAAAAUGUUGCAAGCCACCUUCAGAAAUACCGGCUUUAUCUGAGGAGGCUGAGUAGUCAGGGUGCAUUGGGCCAUCCAUACAGCGGACACCCGGAAUCACCUUUUGGGCCAAUGUCUACACUCAACGGAUUUGAACUCCAAGCUCUAGCCGCCACCGGUCAGAUACCCGCACAAAGCCUUGCGUCAUUCCAUGCCACUAAACCGGCUCUUUCGUUGCCCCUCGUGGAUCAUCAUCAUCACCAUCACCAUCAAAGAAACAAUAUAUUUAGCUUUGAAAACCCUAGGUUGAGAUUCGGAGAGGGCCCGCCACAACACGUCAUGAACAGUACCAGCAACAAGCAUAUCCCGAACUUGCUUCACGGAAUCCCCACGACGAUGGAGCCGAAACAGCUAACCAACUUGCACCACUCUUCUUCCUCACAUGCAUUCAACGGUGUGAACAUUCUCCAAAACAAUAACUCGGGACUGAUGCAACAUAUGACGACGCAACCUCCGCCGCGGCCCCACGUCGUCAGUGAUCCCAAUGGCAGCCUACCACCCAGGGGUAUUAUCGACAAUUCAUGCAGCUCCAUAAACAAUUCCGCGACUACUUUCUCGGUUAACCACAGUGGUUACAUAUCUAGCAGUAGCAAUUCGAGUGUCAAAGGAUCUAGAGGAUUUUCUUCGAAUGGUUAUGACAUGUUUAAUGAUCAUCAUCAUCUGCAUCAAAACCAGCCUAAGGAUUGGGGUGGCAUACAAAGCGUGGGAUCUGGUUUUGUUGAUGCCCCAGCCCCACUUCGUCAUCACUCGAAUGUCUUAAUGGAUGCUUCUAGAAAUGCUGCGCCGCCUAUGAACAGUACAAUGCCGGGCCCACACUUCAACAACUCGUUGCUAGGUGGGAAUUCGGCGGCGAUCAAGACAGAGAGAUCCCCAGAUACCACAAACUUUCAGGAGACGCUUUUUGCGGACCAGUAUGGUCAAGAUGACCUUAUGAGUGCACUCCUCAAACAGCAAGAAAGUGUGGGACCGGUUGAGAGCGAGUUUGUCUUUGACGGGUACCAAUUGGAUAACCUUCCGGUGUAGAGGGGUACGUUUUUUGUUUCUCUCUAGCUCUCGCAUUGUGUGGAUAUAUAUAAUACUGGUGUGUACAUAGUUGCCCUUACAGCAAGAAAACAGCUCGUUCGGUGUCUCGCACAAGGGCCCCACCUCACUCAGCAUCGUCUAUAUGGCUAGAUUUUAUUCUUUGAAAACGAUUGUGUUCCACAACUGGACAAGUGUGUACAAUUUUGACGGUUUUAGGUAGGCGUGAUUGUUGGGGUUGGG